AUGGGCUGCAUUUGCUCUAAAGUCACUCGAGCAAAUAAAUAUUUUGAGAACAAUGCCAAAAGCAAAGAAACAACCAAGCCUGCCAAACGGUUAGUCUCUUUAUCCAGAAGAGAUGAAGUUGUGGUAGAGGUUGAUGGUCAUGCUAGUGAUGCCACAGCUAGCUUGAUCUCGAAUCAACCUGGAAAUGAUAACGCUGACUCUGUUCCGGUAUCGUCCGAUGAGGGAGAAAAGAACGAAAAAAUCGAAAAGGUUAAUCUUCAAAGGAUCACUAGUAUACGGAGUAUGAGCAACGGAGAGAAAGGAGCACAGGUUGUUGCUGGUUGGCCUUCUUGGCUGACUGCUGUGGCUGGAGAGGCAAUCAAUGGAUGGGUGCCUCGAAGGGCAGAUUCGUUUGAGAAGCUAGAUAAGAUUGGACAAGGAACAUAUAGCAGUGUGUACAAAGCUCGCGAUCUUGAAACGAAUAAGAUAGUGGCAUUGAAGAAGGUGCGCUUUGCUAAUAUGGAUCCAGAAAGUGUUCGCUUUAUGGCAAGAGAAAUCACCAUUUUGCGUAGACUUGAUCACCCAAAUGUUAUGAAGCUUGAGGGUGUCAUUGCUUCAAGAAUGUCUGGCAGUAUAUACCUUAUAUUUGAAUAUAUGGAGCAUGAUCUUGCAGGGCUUUUGGCUUCACCAGGGAUUAAAUUCACUGAAGCACAGAUUAAAUGUUACAUGCAACAGCUGCUUCAUGGACUUGAACACUGCCACAACCAUGGGAUAUUGCACCGCGAUAUAAAGGGUGCAAAUCUUCUGAUUGACUCUAAUGGCAAUCUCAAGAUUGCUGAUUUUGGACUGGCAACUUUUUUCUCCUCACCUCAGAAGCAGCCUCUUACAAGUCGGGUGGUUACAUUGUGGUACAGACCUCCAGAGCUUUUGCUUGGUGCCACAGACUAUGGAGUUGCUGUGGAUCUAUGGAGUACUGGUUGCAUUCUUGCAGAAUUGUUUGCUGGGAAGCCCAUCAUGCCUGGAAGAACAGAGGUGGAGCAACUGCAUAAAAUCUUCAAACUUUGUGGGUCACCUUCUGAUGAGUACUGGAAAAGAUCAAAACUGCCCCAUGCAACCAUUUUUAAACCUCAACAUCCUUAUAAACGUUGUGUUGCUGAGACGUUCAAGGACUUUCCUUCAUCAGCUUUGACCCUGCUUGAUGUCCUUCUUGCAGUAGAACCUGAGCCCCGUGGUACAGCCGUUUCAGCACUUAAUAGUGAGUUCUUCACGACAAAGCCUCUUCCUUGUGAUCCAUCAAGUUUGCCCAAGUACCCACCAACCAAGGAGUUUGAUGUUAAGUUUCGGGACGAGGAUGCUAGAAGGCGGAGAGUAACUGGAGGUAAAGGACAUGGACACGAAUCAACUAUAAGGAGUUCGAAAGAAAGUAAAGCUGUGCCAGCACCAGAUGCCAAUGCAGAGUUGCAGGCAUCCAUACAGAAGCGACAAGGGCAGUCUAACCAAAUUAGCAUUAGUGAACAGUACGAUCACGAAGAGGAUGGUGGUUCUGGCUUUCCUAUUGGGCCUGCCAAAGGAACAGCAAGAAAUAUUUACUCUCAUUCUGGCCAGUCAAUGCAUCCUACAAACUUUGGAUCUUCACGUAAUAUGAAUAUCAACGAUUCUGUUAGGGCUCCUGACCAAGAAUUUAUUUCUCCAAGGCAGACUGCAAAGUUGAGAGCUCAGAGAUCUUUUGUUCAACGGGGAGCAGAACAGUUGUCUAGAUUUUCUAAUUCAGUUGCAGUUAGAGGCGGUUCACAAUUUCAUGGUAGCAGUGUAACUAAUGUGAAUUCGCGCUGGCCAGAUGAGAGUUUUAAUGCUAGAUAUAACAAUCUGGAUGAUUCCUCCCACAGUCUAUUAGGCAGGCCAAAUUUCUCACAUAAGAAGCCUGGUUUGGAGUCUACAUUGGGUUAUACUGGAAAGAAAGGACGUGUCCAUUACUCUGGACCGUUGGUGCCUAAUGGAGGAAACAUUGAGGAAAUGCUCAAAGAGCACGAGAAGCAAAUCCAGCUCGCUGUGCGUAAAGCUCGCUUGGACAAGAAGAACACCAAUGAAAGUGGACAUACUGAAUCACUUCUUUAUCAUGGGAGAAUAAAUGAAGAGGUGAUGUUCCCGGGUGGGGGCUUUUUCCUCGGAAUCUCAUUUGGGCAGCUAUCCCACCUAAGUUGCAGGGUUUUUGAUUAG